GAGCCCUGGAGUUGGUCCGGCCAGCCGGCGAGAACUGACGUCAUUGUGUUGCGACUCCAACUUAACGUCGUUGGGAAAGCCGGGCUGUCCUGAGUGGGAGUGGCACGGAGCUGCAGGGUAUCCUAAAAAGCUGGGUUGCGGCAAGCCAGAAUAUUUAAAAAAUGACCACACCAAACAAGACACCUCCUGGUGCUGACCCUAAGCAAUUGGAAAGGACUGGAACAGUACGGGAAAUUGGGUCACAAGCUGUUUGGUCACUCUCAUCUUGUAAACCAGGAUUUGGAGUGGAUCAAUUACGAGAUGACAAUCUUGAGACUUAUUGGCAAUCAGAUGGCUCCCAGCCUCAUUUAGUAAACAUCCAAUUCAGAAGAAAAACAACAGUGAAGACAUUAUGUAUUUAUGCGGACUACAAAUCUGAUGAAAGCUAUACUCCAAGCAAGAUUUCAGUCAGAGUAGGAAAUAAUUUUCACAAUCUUCAAGAAAUUCGGCAACUUGAAUUGGUGGAACCAAGUGGCUGGAUUCACGUACCCUUAACUGAUAAUCAUAAGAAGCCAACUCGCACAUUCAUGAUACAGAUUGCUGUUCUAGCCAAUCAUCAAAAUGGAAGAGACACCCACAUGAGACAAAUUAAAAUAUACACACCAGUAGAAGAGAGCUCCAUUGGUAAAUUUCCUAGAUGUACAACUAUUGAUUUCAUGAUGUAUCGUUCAAUAAGGUGACCUUAACACAGGACAAAAGUCAUUAAACAUAUCUUUGUUUUAUCUUGUCAGUAAAUAUUAUAUCUGGAAUCUUUAUUGAAAAGAAAACAUCAGUUACUUUGCAAUUUUGUAUGCAUUGAAGAGUAUUUUAUUGUAACUUUAAUAAAUAGAUUUUGUGUCAUAUAAUUUUUAUUUUCUUUAACAUAUAAUGAAGCUCACAUAUUUUACAUUAUUAAAAAAAGAUUUGAAGCCAAUCAUUGAAUUUUUCAUUAUAACAAAAGAAAAACAAUUGAACUGAAAAUUUUAAGAGAUAACACAAUUUUUUUUACUAAGUGAUUAUUUCAUAUAGUGAACGUGCAUUAGAGUGAUGCUUUAUUGCAUGUUUGGGAACAAUACUAUGUUUUAUCAAUAGAUACUGUCUUUAAUAGGCCAAAAUUCUUCUUCUUCUUUUUUUUUUUUUUCUUUCUAGGGGAAGCUUAUUCUUUUAAAACUGGGCCUUUUAAAAAACAGUAUCAAAAUAGGCUUAGCAUUCGGUAUCUUAAGAGAACCAUUCUGAUUUGGAGAAUAUAGUUAUGUGUCUCAUAAAGUUUUUUAAAUGUAUGAGAUUGUUAUUUGUAUAUAAAAAUAUUUUAAAGGCGCUUAAAUGUGUUUUCUUUCUAUAGUUUAAAAUGAGUAGAUUUGAUUCUGUAUGCUUUUUUCCCCCCUGUAUCUAUUACUUUUUAGGAGGAUGAUUAUUUAGCCACAGAACUUCCCCAGAUUGGUUCUUGUUUGGAAAAGAUUCCUUGGUGGUUUUUACAUUGCUGAAUAGAUUGAAGUCUUAAAUUGUAAAGUUUUCAUUCUUUUUUUUUUUUUAAUUGAAGUAUAGUUAACAUACAAUGUUCCAUUUGUUUCAGGUGUAUAACGUAGUGAUUUGACAAUUCUAUGUGUUACUCAGUGCUCACCAGGAUGAGUGUAGUCACCAUAUAAAGUUACUGCAAUGUUACUGACUGUAUUUUCUAUGCUGUACUUUUUAUCUCCAGGACUUACUUAUUUUAUAACUGAAAGUUUGGAUCUCUUAAUCCCCUUCACCUAUUUCACUCAUCCCCCUAAUCCCUCCCCUCUGGCAACCACCAGUUUGUUCUCUAUAUUUAAGAGUUUGUUUGUUUUGUUUUGUAGACUACACAUAUAAAUGAAAUCAGAUGGUCUUUGUCUUUCUCUGUUUAUUUCACUUAGCAUAAUACCCUCUAGGUCCCUGCAUAUUGUGAAUGGCAAGAUCUCAUUCUUUUUUAUGGCUGAUAAUAUUCCAUCCUGUGUAUUUAUAUAGCACAUCUUCUUUAUUCAUCCGCUGAUGGACACUUGGGUUGCUUCCAUAUCUUGGCUAUUGUUAAUAAUGCUGCUUUAAAACAUAGGGAUGCAUAUAUCUUUUUGAAUUAGUGUUUUUGUUUUCUUUGGGUAAAUACCCAGCAGUGGAAUUGCUAGAUCAUAUGGUAGUUCUAUUUUUUUUUUUAAGAUGUUAUCUAUUUAUUUGAGACAGAGAGAGAGCUCGAACGGGAGCUAGGGGCGGAGGGACAGGGAGAAACAGACUCCCCACUGAGUAAGGAGCCUGACAUGGAGCCCAAUCCCAGGACCCUGAGAUUAUGACCUGAGCGGAAAGCAGACGCUUAACCAACUGAGCCACCCAGGCGCCCCAUGGUAGUUCUAUUUUUAAUUUUUUGAGGAUCCUCCAUAUUGUUUUCUACAGUGGUUGCAUCAGUUUACAUUCCCACCAAUAAUGCAAAAGGGUUCCCUUUUCUCCACAUCCUUGUCGACACUUGUUAUUUCUUGUCUUUUUGAUAAUAGCCAUUCUGACAGGUGUGAGGUGGUAUCUCAUCAUGGUUUUGAUUUGCAUUUCCUGGGUGAUUAGUGAUAUUGAGCAUCUUUUCAUAUAUCUGUUGGUUAUCUGUAUGUCUUCUUUAGAAAAAUGUCUAUGCAGGUGCUUUGCCUAUUUUUUUUUUUUUUUAAGAUUUUAUUUGCUCGAGAGAGAGAGCACGAGAGAUCGAGAGCACAGGCAGGGGGGAAGUGGCAGAGGGAGAAGCAGACUCCCCGCUGAGCAGGGAGCCUGAUGUGGGCCUCAAUCCCAGGACCCUGGGAUCAUGACCUGAGCCGAAGGCAGACGCUUAACUGACUGAGCCACUCAGGUGCCUCUUUGCCUAUUUUUUAAUCGGAUUGUUUGUUUUUUGGUGUUGGUUGUGUAAUUUCUUUAUAUAUUUUGGAUAUUAACUCCUUAUUGGAUAUAUUAUGUGCAAAUAUCUUCUGUCAUUCAGUAGAUUGCCUUUUUGUUUUAUUGGUGGUUUCCUUACCUGUGUAAAAGCUUUUUAUUUUGAUGUAGUCCUAAUAUUUUAUUUUUGCUUUUGUUUCCCUUGCUUGAGAAAAAUCCAUAAAUGUGUUGCUAAGGCCGAUGUCCCACAGAUUACUGCCUAUGUUUUCUUUUAGGCGUUUUAUGGUUUCAGGUCUCACAUUUAGGUCUUCAAUCCAUUAAAUAGUAAAGUUUAAAAAAUAAUUAUGUGUAUGCUUUAUUCUGGCAAGGAGUACUAAUUUACAUGGAUACUCUAAAAAAGGCUUUCAUUUUUUCACUUAGUAGUAUGAAUUCCACUUAAAAGAAAAGGGGAGAAAGGGGCACCUGGGUGGCUCAUUUGGUUAAGCGUCUAACUCUUGAUCUCAGCUCAGGUCUUGAUCUCAGGGCUCCAUAAAAAUAACAACAACAAAAAGACAACAACAACAACAAUGACAAAAAAGAAUCACAAAAAUAAUAGCAAUAUUCACUAGGUACUGUAUUGAAUGUUCUGCUUUAGUCUGAUAAGGAAAACAUUCAUGUAAACAUAAGGUCUUAGAGAGAAAUCUAAUAAAAAGUACAGAAGGUUUUAUUAGUAAUAAUGUUACUACUUGCUAAAUGCUUUUUUAAAUUUUGCUUAAAAGAAACAAGGAAGAGGGCUAAUUAUCAUUUACAUGAUCCACUCUGUUAUCUCCUACUAAUAGUUUCUUAAGAGGCUCCUAAAAUCAGGAGGGAUUAAGAAGAAUGUUGAGAAAAUCAGUAUGUUUUCUAUUUCUAUUCUUAUUCUCUCUGUUUUUAUAUGCCAGCGGGCUGGCCACCUUUAUUAGGCAUGGGAAAAAUUGGUAGUGGAGGAUUAUGGAGAUAAUGGUUCCCUUUUAUAAGGAUUAUUUAAAAUACAGAUAGACCAUGUAUUAUAAUAUUGACAAAGCAUAAUUAUCUAAAGUAGUUGCAUUUCUCUUUUAAAAGUGCAAAUAAUAUACCUAAUAAAGGAUUUGUAUCUAGAAUAUAUAAAGAAUUCUUACAACUCAACAGUAAGAACACAAACAAUUCAAUAAAGGAAGCAAAAAAUUUGAAUAGUCACUUUCCAAGGAAGAUAUAGGAUUAGCAAAUGAACUUGUAAAAAGAUGCUCAGCUUCAAUUGACAUUAGUGAAAUGCAAAGUAAAACCACAGUGAGAUACCAUUUCACAGCUGCUAGACUGGCUAGAAUUAAAGAUAGUUGCAAGCAAUGGCAAAGAUGUGGAGGAACUGGACCUCACACUGAUGGUGAAGUUGCAAUUAAUGUAUAACCAUUUUGUAAAACAGCUCAGUGAUUUCUUAACAAGUUAAACAUCUACCUAUUAUAUGAUCCAGUCAUUUCACUUCUUGAUAUUUACCCAACAGAAAAGAAAGCAUAUGUCUAUACAAAGAAUAUAACAUAGCUUUAUUUGUAAUACCUGAAAACUGGAAACAACCCAAAUAUCGACCAAAGGAGCAUAUAUGAACAAAUAGUCAUAUAUACAUAUAAUAGAAUACUGUACUCAACAAUAAAAAUGAAUGAACAGUUAGUACAUGCAGCAACAUGGGUAAAUUUUCAUAAAAAUUAUGCUGAAAGAAGCCAUACAAAAGAGAGUACAUACUAUUUGAUUUUUUUUUUUUUUAAUUCUAGAAAAUACAAACAAAUCAAAUGACAGAAAGCAGAUCCAUGGUUGUGUGGGAUGGGGAGUUGGGAGAAGUAAGGUGAGAUGGACUAUUUGGGGGAAUGAUAGAAAUGUUCAUUAAUCUGAUUGUGGUACUGGUUUCACAGGUAUAUACAUAUUCCAAAAUUUAUCAAAUUAUACACUUUAAGUAUAUUCAGUUUAUUGCAUGUCAAUUAAACCUCAAUAAAGCUGAUUUAAAAAUAGCUUAUUUUACCUGUUUCACAUAGUAAUCAUUCAAAGAUGCUAGAUUUGAAGUAGUUCUAUGUCUUACUGAAAGGAUCUGAAAAUAAAAAACUAAGAUUGAAGAGCGAUUUUAAUAGCUAAUGAAACAGUGACAGCCAGUUCACUCAUUCAUAAUCAGUAUUUGUUUUUGAGUAUUGGACAAACUGUGCAGUUAUAAGAUUUAAAUUUUUAAAUUUCACAUGUAAUCAAAAUGUAAGAUACUUUCAAAGUCAGCUUAUUAGCUGGGGAAAUAUUGUCAUAAGAAACUGUAUAAAACUGUGGAAUUUUAAAAUACAGCAUUUCCAAGUCACUAAGAUGUACAGCUGAAACUAAUGUAACACUGUGUGUUAACUAUACUCACAUUAAAAAAUUAACUUUAAAAAUUAAAAAAAUAAUAAAAUAAAAUACAGUGGUUCAUUGAACACUAAUAAACAGGCAACUCUAAAAAAGACUAGUAGAUAUUGGGUAUUAAAUUAGAUUUAAUAAGGAGGCCAAGAUAAAUAUGAUGCAGACCUUGCUUUCCAGUUGCUUAUAAUCUAUUAGGGGAAAUAAUAGAUUUCUAAUGAGCCAAAUCAGAAAUUAGAGUGGUAAGAUCUCUAAUUGAUGGGUAAGGGUAUAGAGGAAGGGAAAGUUGACUUUCUGUUCAGGAAGACCGAGGUGAAGCUAAAGAAGACAUUUGUAGAGAAAGUGGAAUUUUUAAAAGACUAUUUGUAAUAUCUAGUUAUUUACUUUUCAAGCCUAUUCUUGAAUCCAGACUAUCAUUGUUUUUAUGAGUAACAAUUUGAAACAGAUGAUUUGUGUGUUAAGAAUUAAGGGAUGUUUUGUAUAUUUACUCUUGUUUGAAAGUUUCCAACAAUUAAAACACAAUCUUGAAAGUAAUUUUAGUUACCAUGCCUUCUGUUCUUUCAGCCAUUAUGACUACUAACUUAGUAAUUAAUGUAAUACACUAGAUUAAUACACCACAGUAUAAAUUUUUAUGAGUGUAAAAUUCUAGUGUUUUAGAAAAUUGUUAUUGUUCUAAAAUUCUUAAUAAAAUGUUGGCUUAUAUAUUAUUUUUAUUAAUUGAAUUCUUGAUUACUUCUUUAUUUUGUCAAUUACCUUUUUAAAAUGAUAAAUUUUGGGGGUGCCUGGGUGGCUCAGUCGUUAAGCAUCUGCCUUCGGCUCAGGUCAUGAUCCCAGGGUCCUGGGAUUGAGCCCUGCAUCCAGCUCCAUGCUCAGCGGGAAGGCUGCUUCUCCCUCUCCCACUCCCCCUGCUUGUGUUCCCUCUCUCGCUGUGUGUCUCUCUGUCAAAUAAAUAAAUAAAAUCUUAAACAAAAAGGUAAAUUUUAUAAAAUGUGUUACAUUAAAGCAUUAGGGAAAAUAAUACUUUGUAGUUGUAAUUAUAUGUGGAACUUUUGCCUUGAGCAUCUUUUAAACCAAGAUUAUCUUCUCUUGCCCACAUCGUUUGGCUUUCCCCACUUCUAUGACUCCCUAGGUGAAAGUGCCCUCUCUUUCUUCUGUGGCUAAUCCCAUUACCAUCGUUUGUCUUCUCUUGUCCUAUCUGGUGAAUAGAACCAACUUACUAUUUUGUACAUAUAGGCAAAAUUACAAUUGGACCAAUCUAAAAGUGUUCUACUUGCUUAUGAAACCUUUUUCUGGGUGAAUUUUUAUUUCAGGAAAUGGUAUUUCACCUCAUGUAUUAGUGAAGCUCUAGCAUUUACCAUCUCAGUUGUUGUAAUUACUGUUUGUGACCAUCAGCUUUCCACUGAUAGAGUUCAGUGAUCAUCAUAAGAUAUUCUUCCACUUUGCAUUUGCUUUUCUGAUGUUGAGAGUAAAUUAUGAUUCUCUCCCUGUGGUCUUAGAAAUAAUUUCCCAAACUGUUUUUAUAGACUUUAUUCUGCGACUAGCUCUCCUCUUUACUCUGGCAUUCAUCUAUAGCUGGAGAUCCAGAUUUUAACAGAUCAUUUCCUGUUAUUACUACAGCAGUAUCAAAAUACUGAUCACUUACCAAGAAGCAAAGUAUCCAAAAGACUGAAGCAGAGAGUUCAGCCAGCUGUUUGUUUUUCAACUGUUAAAAUUUGUAAGAAUCAUAUGUUAAAUGGAUAUGGCUACAAAAUGAACCAGGGAUAGCCUAGGUAAAAGGAGAAUGGUAAGAAGCCAUCCAGCUCUUAAGUUAAAACAAGCUCACGUGUUUACCAAAGACAAAGAAACGGAAUUUUGCUGUUUUAAAGUGCUGUUGUUUUAGGUAGCAUUCAGUAACUACUAGGAGAUGCAGGUAACCUGUUCUUUGGAAGUUUUAUUUUUUUUCUAAGUCAUUAGGGCUGUUAAUAUAAAACCCUUUUUUUUUUCUUGAAAUUUUCAGUUGUUAGACUGGCAGUCGGGUAUGAUUUUGACUCCUCUCCUUCAUCUUCCCAUACUCAGUAAUGCCAAGUUCUGCAGAUUCUUUCUCCACAUUAAUUAUCACUUUUAGUUUCACUCCAUUUGCAUCUCUCUAGGCCAAUUGCAGGAAGCUCCCAAUUGGACCAUUGGUCUUUAGUUUAUGCAAAGAUAAAGUUAUCCAAACAAUAUUCCAUCAUAUGGCUUUCUGUAAAAUCUAUACUAAUUGCACAUUACCUAUAUAAAUUUACCUAUGUAAGUAAACCCAAAGUCUUCUGGCAUCCCUUCAAGGCCAUACAUCUUCCCUGCCUCUUUUAUAACCUUUUCAUAUGAAUUCUCAGAAUUUUUGCUCUAGCCCAGCAAAUAUGCUUGUCUGUUUUAUGCACACAACUCCCUUAUUCUCAUUUUACCAUUUUAUAGUAACAUCUAAUGGCCUUUAAUAUCACUGUUCUAACAAUUGAUACUUUCCUAAACAAAUUGGCUCAAAAGUCACUCCCUUGAAUGCCUUUACUUAUCUGAUUUUAAUUCUGUGUAUUUUGGUAAUUCUUUUAUUCUAAAUCCUCUUAGCACUUACAUAUUCUGCCAGUACUGUAUUAACAUAUGAAUGUCAUUGUGUAUGUUGCUAACUCCUGAAGACAGAGUCAGACAAGGAAUGCAUUAUUACAGUUCUCAACAUAUAGUAGGCAUGAAGUAAAUAUACAUUGUUUUUCUAAGAUCUUGUAUUGACAUACUUUAUGCCUUAUAUCUCAUUUUCACAAAAUCACUGUGUCAGGGCGAUGCUUAAUUAUGAAUAACAAAUCCCUGCCACGGUGACUUAAAUAAGUUUUUAUAUUUCUUGUAUAUUAAAAAUUCUGGAGAUCCAUGUUUGUUUCACUAGCUUCCUGAGAAUUCUUAGGUCCUUCUCAUGGUCAAAAAAUAGUUGCUGUCAUCCUCUCACAUUGGCACUUGAGGGAGAAGGGAGAAGAGUAGCACUGGCCGUGUCUGUCUUCCGUUAUCCCCAGGAGUCUCGUCAGAACUGGGUCAUACGGUUGUCUCUACCCAAGAGGGAAGCUUGUCUGGGAAGGCAGGGAGCACGAUUGUCAUUGUUGCCUUAGGCAAACUACUGUUUUCUAGGGCAAAACACAUCAUCUCCCUAAAAAAAAAAAACCAAAACACAAAACUACAAACAGUAUUCUCUCUGUGAGGAAGAAGGGAGACUAGAUAUGAGGUAAACAGUAAGCAGUAUCUGCCACACACAAUCUUUCUAAGCCUCAACACCCUCAUCUGCAAACUGGAAAUAAUAGCGGUACUCACCUCAGAGGUUUAAGUGAGAUAAUAAAUGGAAACACUUAGCACAGUGUGUGGCAAAUAGCAGUAUUCAACAAAAAGUAGCUGGUUUUGUUACUAGUUUGUCUUCAGUUCAUGUGGUUUGAUCUGAGAAAUCUAUGGGGAAGAAAUGGCUGUUUUUCCCCCUCUUCCCUCAUGAAUUCUGCUGGACUUGGGAAGAUAACCGCUAGUUCUGCAACACCGCCUGUGUGGUAACCUUAGAACCCCUUUUUAGCAUCUGUAUUUUAUUAUCUAUCAUAUACUUACACCCUGCCAUGAUAGCAAUUAUGUAGAAUUUUCCCACACAAAGCAGUAGGACCCUCUAAAUUCUGUAAAUUCUGUUACAGUGGGUGGGGGCUAAGACAAACUUUUUAGUUAUUAACUACAUUGUCCUUUUGAGCCCAUGCAAAAUAUCAAAGCUCAUUUCUUGCAUUUUUCAACCUUACCAAAAAGGAAAACAUACUUGAUACAACUUUCCAGUGUUGUAAGCUGGAGUAGAUGAACAGCCCUGUAAGUUCUUUAAGAUACACAUUUCCAGAAGCAGGAAGUGAGUAUCAUGCUAGAAGAGAAGCUCCAGCACACUUACCAUAUCUAACUAGUUCUAAGCCAGUCUGCUAGACCCUUUAUUACUCCUGAUCUAGGUCUGAAUCCCUUAGCUGCUGGUAGCUACUUCUUGUUGAUGUCCUGUCUUGCCCCUUUAGAAUUUUAUGAUAAGCACUAUUUUGCUAGCUCCAAACUUGUCUCUUUUCAGUAUCGUUCUCUCAGGCCACUAUGAAUAAGCUUUCUCUGUUUUGAUCCACUGAGAAGAAGUUCCUGUUCUAGACUAUCUUUAAUAACAUAACUAAUCAAGUUAGUAAUACUGUGCCAAUGAAGAACGAUAAGUAGCUUGGCUUAGGAUAUAUACUAAGGCUGGAAGGCAUACAUUUUAUAAAGAUUUACUUAGAAGGGAUUAACCCACAGUGUCAAUUUUUAAUUAUUAUGGAUACUUGAUUGCUCAUUCCUAUCAAACAAAAAAAAGAUGUUUAUAAUGCUGUGAAAAAGAAAAAUAUUGCAUCUUUUUUCAAACAACAUGUACUAUUGAAUGUCUUAAAUCCCGUGUAGAAUACAAAUAAGAAGAAAACAUAUGUCUUAUUCAGAAAGAACUUAUGGUCUAGCUGUUGAUGGCUAGGGACACACAGAGACAUUCACACAUCCUCAGUAUGAAGUAGUAUUGAGUAAACCAGAUACCACCAAUGCCUAGUGUAGUUGUAAGGUUCUUAGGGAAGAGAAAGACACUCAUGUAUAUAAGGUUAUCUGAAGAGGCCUCCUUCCUUGGUUCUGUACACGUUGAGAAACAAAUAGUGAAGAUGAAGGCUGAAAUAAUUACCUUCUUUCCUGAAGGCUGAUGGAUGUCUGUCGAAGUCUUAGCUAAUUUGGGUUUCUAAUAAUGAAUCCCUAAGAUUCAUGUCAUGGCUGGCUGCACACUGAAUGGGGCAGGAUGCUCUCUCAAAGAAGGAGGAUGGAACAGAGCCAUAUAUUCUGAAUUGUUCUUCCUAUAUUCACAAAUCAGUUGUUAACCUCCUCAGGGCCAUGUGACAGGUUGGAGAGAGGUCCAGAGUAAAGGAAUUGAACCUCCUUCUAGUUGAGAAUCAUCAGGAGUGGGGAAAAAAGUGUUCCUAAAUUUACACUCUAGUUCCAAAACAUGCAAAUUUAAGUAGAGUGAGAUGAAAUGGGGAGGCAUUUAGGCAUGGAAAAUUACAAAUUUGUGGAGGAGUGAGGAGGUUAUUUUCAGACUGUAGUACAGUGGGGUGCUAACCUGAGUAAUCUGUAACAUCUUUAAGUUACAGGAUGGAAAAAAGGUAGGGUAGGAUGUGGUGAAAGUUUACUUUUACCCUGUUAUAACUAUGGUUUUAUAUCCAUACCUUUAUAUAUUUCUUAUAUUUAAUGCUAUAUUAAAACUUCGGAGAAGAAAAGAGGCAGUAUGGGUAGCCUAACACCCCCUACCAUUAUAAGUUGUAAAGGACACUGUGGAAUAAAAACCCUAGCUUUUGAAACAAUUUUGUGUAAAUUAAAAUGUUUAGUAUUUGUCUAAGAUUAUCUAAUAUUAUCUAAGAUUGAAACCAUGGAGAAGGUUAUCAGAAGUUUGCCUGGGAUAAAAAGCCGGGUGGAAAUCUGUGUUUUUCCAAAGGGCAUUCCUUAGAGAUUGAUGCUUGUGGAAUCCUAGAAAUGUCCACCCAGUUUGGAUCCGUUGUUCCAGGUUCCCUCUUCCAUUCCAGAGAUUUAGGUAGUAAAUGGAAUUCUUAGAAAAAUACACUUGUAAGCAAGACCAUCAGAAAUCACACACAGCUCCAAAUAAGGCUCUCAAGUGGCCAUUACAAAAAUAUUUGAGUUCUUGGAAUAUGGCAUGUUGUGUUUUUAAACAGAAUCAUCAUUAGUAGGAACACAACUUCAUUCCUUUGGGUCCAAUUCAUGCUUGUCUUACGUCUAAUUGCUUUUGGAUUCAAAAUAAGAAAGCCUUAUUUUAAAACUGAAGAAGGCUUUGAAACAGUAUUAUUCAUACUAUAAUUCUUUUUAAAGAUGUGUCAACUGGGGCGCCUGGGUGGCUCAGAUGGUUAAGCGUCUGCCUUCGGCUCAGGUCAUGAUCCCAGGGUCCUGGGAUCGAGUCCCGCAUCAGGCUCCCUGCUCCUUGGGAGCCUGCUUCUCCCUCUGCUUCUCUCUCUCUCUCUCUCUCUCUCUGUCUCUCAUGAAUAAAUAAAUAUAUUAAAAAAAAAAUCUUAAAAAAAAAAAAGAUGUGUCAACUGAAGCAUGAGAUAUACUAGUGAUAUGAAGAGACAAUACAAUCUAAGCAGUUUCUUGUUUUAAAUAAUAGUAACCAUUUUGCAUAUACUCUGUAGCUAGUGAAUAUAGUAAGAGGAAAUAUUUUAAUGGGAAGGUUCUGUAUGUGAAAUUUUUCUUUAUUAUUUGCAAGCUAGAAGAAAGUCACUUGGUUGUAUAGGAAUUAGAUGAGCACCUGAGUCCUAUCUUACGAUAGUCUUUGGCUGAUUUUGUCAGCUUUUUUUUUUUUUUUUUUAGCCUUUUUCCUUUUUAGUUGUGUGUAUGAAGCAUAAUGUAUAUACAGUAAAGUGCACCAAACACCAGCUUAAUGAAUUAGGUCAAGGUAGACACCUAUGUACAUGCCAAAGAUUAGAACACCUCAGUAUCCUGGAAGCUCUCUCUGUGUCCCCUCUCAACCACUUUUUUCUCCUAGAUCAAGUUCUUCCAGCUUGUUCUUUUUUAACUAUUUCAAACAUUCUUGGCCUUUUUCAUUACUAUAUACAUUUUAUAUUCAGCUUAUCAGCUUACACAUAAACACGUACACGCACACACAAACUAUAGAAUUUUUAUUGGGAUUGCUUUGAAUCUAUAGAUCAAUGAGAACACUUUUCAAUAUUGAGUCUUCUGAUUUACAGAAGACUCCAUUUGUUAGAGACUUUAAUGUCUUUCAAUAGUGUCAUAGUUAUCUUGGGAGACAUCUUGUAUAUUUUUUAUAGAUUUAUUCCUAGGAAUUUGAUACUUUUGAUGCUAUUACAAAUGAUACUUAAAGAAGUUUAUUUUGGUAAAUUGAAGUAAAAUUGAUUUUUGUAAAUUUAUUUUAUAAUCAGCAACUUUCUAACUUUCCCCUUAAUUAAAAUAAUUUUUCUGUAGAUUCUUUUGGAUUUUUUACAUCUCUAAAUGAUGCCUCUUUUUUAUUUUUCUUUCCUUAUACUUUUAUUUUUCUUAUUAUACUAAUUAUGCCUCCAGUAAUGUAUUAAAUAGAAGUCUGAGAUGUUAAAUUGAACACUGAAAGCAGUCAUUCUUCCCUUGUUUCUGAUCCCAGUGAGAAAGCUUCAAGAUUUCACCAUUUUGUAUGAUGUUUGCUUAGGUUUUUUCCAAGAAUGCUUAGGUUUUUUUUCAAGAAACCCUUAAUAAAAUUAAUGCUAGUCUUUUCUAUUUUUAGUUUACCAAAAUCAUUUGUUCGUUUUAAAAUCAUGAAUGAAUACUGAGGGUAUAAAAAGCUUUUCUUGCACCUAUUGAAAUAACCAUAUGAUUUUUUUCUUUUUUAUUAUUAUGUUGGAUUAUAUUGGUUGAUUUUUACAUGUUGAAUAACCAUCUUUCUGGAAUAAAUCUAACUUGACUAUAGGCAUUAUCUUUUGUUAUGAAUCACUGAACUUGGUUUGGUAAAAAUUAGUUUAGAAAUUUUUCAUCCAUGUGCAUCAAUGGUUUUUGCAUCGAGUGAGAUUAGCCUAUAGUAUUCCUUUUUGUACUGUCCUUUUCAUGUUUUGGUAUUAGAAUUAUUUUGGCUUCAUAAAAUAAAUGAGAAAGUUUUUGUUUGUUUUCUGGAAGAGUUUGUAUGAGCUUAGAGUAAUUCCUUAAAUGACUUAAAAUAUUCAUUGUGAAGACAUAUUUAUAGGUUUGAUUUCUAAUUCUAAAUAGAUGAAUUAUUUAGAUUUUUGUCCUUCCUCUUGUGUAAGUUUUGGUAAUUUGUAUUUUUCUGGGAGUUUAUCCAUUUUGUCUACAUUUCAAAUUUAUUGGCAUAAAGUUAUUCAGAUUAUCAUUUUAUGAUCUUUAUAAUGUCUGUAGGAUCUGUAUUAUUAGAUCUCUCAUCAUUCCUGAUAUUGAUUAUUUGUGAUAUCCUUUUUCUUUUUCAUUAGUCUCAGCAAAAAUGUAUCAAUUCUGUUAGUAUUUUCCAUGAAACAAAUGUUGGCUUUAUCCUUUCUAAUGCAUAUAUUCUAUUUCAUUACUUUCUGCUCUUUAUUAUUUUCUUUGGGGCUAAUUUGCCUUAUUUUUCUAAGUUUUUGAGAUGAAUACUUAAAUUACUGAUUUCCAGCAUUCUUCUUGUCUAAAAUAUGCACUUAAAGCUGUAAAUUACCCUCUAAGUACAGCUCUGGUUGAUCUUAGCACUAUACCACUAACUAUACCACUAGCAUCUAGUUAGAAUGAUAUCUGUUAUCAGAAUGCUUCUCUUUGACCCAUGGGUUAUUUAGAAGUACAUUUCAUCAUUUUCUUUCCAAAAUAUGGGGAUUUUCCACGUAUCUUUUUUUUUAAAAAGACUUAUUUAUUUAUUUUAGUGGGGGAGGGUCAGAGGGAGAAGGAGAGAGAGAAUCUCAAGCAGACUCCCUGCUGAACAUGGAGCCCGACGAGGGUUCCGUCCCAUGACUCUGAGAUCAUGACCUGAGCUGAAAUCAAGAGUCCAGUGCUCAACCGACUGAGCCACCCAGGCACCCCUCAAAAUAUCUUUAAUCAUUGAUUUGUAGCAUAAUUACUCUGUGGUCUAAGAACAUAUUUUGAAAUUUGUUGAAACUUGCUUUACUAGCCCAGCAUAUGCUCAAUUUUUAUUAGUGUUUCAUAAAAAAUUGUAUGUUGCAGUGCCCCAUGUAUGUUAAUUAGAUCAGGUUUAUUAAUAUGUCCAAUAUUUUAAACUCAGCUGAUUUUUUUUGUCUGCCCAUUCUAUCAGUUAAUAAGAAAGUUGUAUGAAAAACUUCCUCAUGAUUGUGGAUUUGUCUACUUUUCCUUAUAAUUCUGUCAAUUUUCUCUUUAUAUAUUGAAGCUAGAAUUGUUAUAUCUUUCUGAUGAAUCAAACCACUUAAAAUGAAUGUACUUCUUUGUCUCUAUAUUGUUUUUAUUUUUUGCCAUAAAAGCUAUUUUUCUGAUUUAAUAAAACUAUACCAAUUUUCUUUUGA